UGUGGCAACCCUGGUCAGCCGUCGUUCGUACGUUGCAUAUAUGCGGGGAAAGGUUGUGCGUAUUUCUAUUGUAGAAGGCUAGGGCACUUCAUGUUCUGUCGGACUGCUUGCAAUAGCAGCACUUGGUAUCAUCAGGAAGAGAGGGUGGGGUGGUAUUUGCCAACGCAGGAAAAAGCUCCACAUAUUUUCUUCAUCUCAAUGAGCAGUUUUAUCCAGAUUUUGUUCAAUUAUCAGCCGUAAAGUGAAUUGUACUGCAGAUUGUGUACUGAAAAUUGUAUUUUGGGAGGAAUCCGUUGCAUGUUCGAUCCAGAAGGCCAGCCAGAGUGCGAAUGUUUGUAUACAUCAGCAAUUGUAUGAUGCAGUAGGCGAAAAACGGAAAAAUGUGUGUGAUAGUCUGGCCGCCGUCAGUCUAGAGUUCCAGCUUGAAGAUAAGCCCUAUUCGAAAAGGUUAAUUCGAGAAAACAGUGCGAUGUGAAGAAACGAGAAAAUAGAGUUUUAAUUGGGAAGUAUUGAAAUUUAAUCAAAUGGGGCGUGUGUAUGGUGCAGUGGAAGCAGACAUGAAAAAGUGUUGAGAUUACAGCAGUGUGAAUAAACCUAGGAGCUAUGUAUAGGACGACUGUCGCGUCCAAAUGAAGAAGAAGAUAAGCAGCUGAAGCUGUGGAUGUCAGAUCAAGUGAUUGGUCGGAAAAGAGAUGAAAAUGGGUUUUAAAUAAAAUAUUGUGAAGUGCGGUAUGAAAGAAGCAAUUUUGUAUGCGUGACGCCCGCAGAGUUUCGGAGGCAAAUGUCGUUGAAAGAGAGUGAAGAAGUGAAGAUGUAGAAGGUGCUUCAUUCAUCGCCAAAUACAAACAGCGGUCCAGUGUGUACGCUGAUGAGUGGAGACUUGCGGGAAUAGCAGACUGCUGCUGUCGAAGGCGAAUUCGAUAAAUAUACACGUGAAGCGGGGAAGAAAGAGCCGAAAGCAAACGGAUCGUAUAAUAAUGAGGAAUGAAAUAGCUUCGCAGCCAACGAUGGACCCGUUAGCAUGUAGCAAACAUCGAGAGCGAUAUCCCGAUAACAGAUCGAUCGUCUGAAUCUAAGAUACUAGACCACAUCCGCACUUCGGCGUCGGCACUCUGGACAUCUACGGAAGAAAACUAGAGGAAAACAUUUUACCGCGUACCUCGUGCUUCUUCUCCGCCACGUAGUUAACUGCAAUGGAAAUUGAUUAGCUUAUCGAUAUCCGGGCGAUAUAAUUACUUAUUAGGAGUUUUUUCUGUGAGUUCAGUGUUCGUGAGUGUAGGGGUGUAUGUUCGCGGGUACUUAUUCGUCCAUAUGUAUGAAGUGAAAACAAAAAUGAAAUAAAUUUACAUAAAUGCUAUUGAGGUGUAGAGAAGUGUGUUUUUUCGCUGGUUAUUUAGUCUAGUGUAUUCUAGUAUGCAGACAGUGCGCAACCGGAAAAGCUUCCAUACCCACCGCAACUCAACCGGCGAAGCGCACUUGUAGCUGUAUGUGUCUGUGUGUGUGAUCACCCCGCGCCCGUCGCCUUCCCGCCAUAUCAGUGCAUAUAUGAACGACACAUGCGUUAGCCACUGUGAGAACACGAAGAAAAUGUCUUUUAACGGACGGGAUCUGAUGAAGCAACCUCCUCCCGAGUACAACCAGAGCGUACUGACGAUGCAGAAAUCGGUGACAAUCACGGUGACGCCGCAGCGAAGCAAUUCGAUGGAUUUGCUCAACUUUGAGGAAAAACGGCAACUGAUUGCGUCCUCGCUGUCGCUGUCGGACAUACUGCACGUUAGUCCGGCGGCGGCCCACGUGGCCAAAGAAGUUGCGGCUAGUACGGUAAUCGCUACAAAGAAGCAGAAUGGUGCUACCUUACGCUCCAACAGUCUUAACUCGGGUUCCAGGACGCCACCGCUGGAGCGGAAAAGCAAGUUCAGUGCGCUUGGGCGCUUGUUUAAACCGUGGAAGUGGCGGAGAAAAAAGAAAAGCGAAAAGUUUGAGUCCACCUCCAAGUCGCUAGAACGUAAAAUAUCAGUACGUGCCAACCGCGAAGAACUUGUACAAAAAGGUAUCCUGCUGCCCGAGAGUCCAACUUCGGCUCUGUCCAUAGCUGCCAUUUGUAUUAGUCCCACGGAUUCGGUGACGUGGUCAACAUCAUCUCAUAGACAACUACAAACCUUUCAUCAGCCGAACCACUACCGAAGCCAAAACGAAGAACAAUAUACCAUUUACAACUCAGUGAACGGAACCAACUCAUCCGUCCUGCCACACCUUGCGAACGCAUCGGCAUCAUCAGCAGCACCAAAUACUAGCAUUACCAACAAUGUGCCUUUAUCGCAAUCGGCUCAACAGAUUAGCAGUAACAGUGCGCUCAACAAUAGCAACAAUCACAACAUUAGUAGUAACAGUAGUAGUAACGGAUCGCUCAGCCUAGCGGCGAUUCUGUCCGGUGCGGUGAAUGCCGUGGGCGUCGGGUCCCACGGGAGCGGAAACAACUCGGUUGUCGGUGCCAAUAUGAUAAGCGGUGGCACGGCCGGUCAAACACUUGCUAGUAUACUGACUGGAUCUAGUAGCAUAGGUAGUAGCGGCGGUCCCGGCAGUGGACUAUCGCAUUCGCAAUCGGCACACCAGAUCGGUACGGUUCCAUCACAGCAUACUCCCAUGAACCAGCAUCAGGCCCUCCAGCAGCAGUUGCAGCAGCACUUUGCCAACGUUGCUAACAGCGGGAGCAGUAGUUUAGAGCCGAGGAAAGAGAAGACUGACGUCCAAAGUAGUGCAAAUGGUUCGUGCGUUGAGCAGCAGCAGUCCUGUUCCGGUGGGGGAUCAAAACAGCAGCAGCAGUCGACCGCAGGCGGUCACGGUCUAGCAUCGAUCGAGGGAGGCGUUCAGCUUCCGCCCCCACAGACACAGUCCAAGCCGGAACGUCCGAACACACUUGGACCAACGAAACUAAACCGACGGAUUAUCUGCUAUCAUAACAGUGAGGGUUUUCAAGAUAAUCAACGGAAAACACCACCGCCAGCCAACGAGAACCAAUCAAACCAGCAACAGUUGCAACAAUCCGGACACCAAUCGUUGCAACAUCAGCACCAAUCACAUCAGCACUCUGCCCUAGCAGCAGCUGCUGCUGCGGCCGCUGUCGCCCAGCAGCAGCAACACCAGCAACAGCAGCAGCAGCAACAACAACAGCAGCAAUCCCAGCUCCCAACACAAGCUGCACUGUCAGCCGCUGCGGCAGCCGUCGCUCAGCAGCAUCACCAGCACCAGCAGGCCCUCCAACAGCAACUACAGCAGCAUGUGCAGCAACAUGGCGGCCACCUGCACCAUCAUCACCUAUCCAAUCACAUCAUGCUGUCGGAGUUGCCGGAACCGCCGAUUCCUGUGUCGGAGAUCGGACCCAUCCCUCCGCCGCCAAUGUUUUCAACACCAAGUCCGACCAUGAUCGGCGGACGACCGCAUGGUCCUAACGUGCAUUCCACUACUACUUGUAGCAAUAAUAGUAUUAGCGCGAGUAACAUUAUACCAUUAGAUAUGAAUGAUUACGAUUACGACGAUCAUGAACCCAAUGAUCAGGAAGAACUGGAUUCGGACGAGGAGUACAUGUACCCGAUGUCACAACCGAACCCCACCAUCGAUACGACCCGCAUCGACGAGAUUCCCGCGAAAGAACCCAAAUUCAACGCAGUGCCAUUGAAAUCAGCUUUAAAGAAGAAGGGUUCGAAUCCGGGAACACCGACUCAAGACAACCGGACGCUCACGGUGCGCUACGAUAACAACCCAACCGCAACGAUCAAGCCAGUUUUACGACCACGGAUUAGAAUAUGCUCGCGACCGAUGCGCUUCCAGAUUGGCCUACCAAGUACGAUGGAGAACAAGGAAAAUACGCGACCGUUUGUGAUUCGCGAGGGCGACAACGACGAUCAGAAUGACGGUCCAAUCCGUUACCGGGAUGAGGAUCCGGACCGAGCGGCGAAGAUUGCUCGCAAGGAAAGUUUAUCGAUCAAGCUAGCGCUGCGACCCGACCGCCAGGAGCUAAUCAACCGGAACAUUCUGCAGCUGCAAUCGGACAACGAAAAGCAAGAGUCGAAGGAAGCUAUCGGAGCUCGGCUCAUCCGACGGCUUUCGAUGCGGCCUACCGCGGAAGAGCUGGUUGAAAGGAAUAUUUUGAAAACGCAAAGUCCAGCAGAAGAGAAGAAACAAAAGGAGGAGAAGAAACGUUACCUGCUGCGGAAACUCAGCUUCCGGCCCACCGUAGACGAGUUGAAGGAGAAAAAGAUUAUCCGCUUCAACGAUUACAUCGAAGUUACGCAAGCGCACGAUUACGACCGGCGAGCGGAUAAACCGUGGACAAGACUCACCCCCAAGGACAAAGCGGCUAUCCGCAAGGAGCUGAACGAAUUCAAAAGCUCCGAGAUGGCCGUACACGAAGGCAGUCGACAUCUUACCAGGUUUCAUAGGCCAUGACAGCUGCAAUGUAGGAUCAAGCAGAGACACUUUGCCGUUCAUUACUUUACAUUUCUCAUUAAGAAUUACUACAACAAACAUUUGAUUGUGUAUAUAUAAAGAAAACCCGAAACAGCAGCAUUGGUAGUAACAGCUGCAGAAUCCACUGGAUCAGCAGCCUAAUCGCAAAUCAUAUACAUAAAUAGCCCAGCCUAAACAACACACUCACAUGCAUUGGUGUGACUUUGGAGCGAAGAGGAUGUCAGACCUUCGCACAAAUCCUGCAUUUUCUUUUCAGGAUCCACAGAUGUAGCUGUUUUGAGUCUACUUUUGAGCCAUCUGACCCGUGUGCAUCAGAUGCCGAGGACUACUGGACACUUGGACAGAACUACCUUGCCCAACCGAUUAACACACCGACGAUUUUUGGAAUUUCGGACCAGAACGGAUACCUCAUUCCGUGCGGUAUCAACCCCCCAUCCGCAACACGAUUGAUAUUUUACUCACAAACCGCAUGGCCUGAGUAACGAGGGCAGUUAAUUGAACUUAGGCGAAACUCACACACCGCAGCAUAUAACAAUAUACAAGUUUGUUUGUAGCAAACCAAGAACAACAAAGAAGCUGAAACAUUGAAAACAGCAACCGAAAACAGUAAGCAACUAGAAUGUUUCAAUCAGAAAUUAAAGGAAACCUUAAAAUUAUAAUAAAUAAAGAAUAAUAAUACUGUGAUAAUGUUGACGUUAUUAGAAUGUUACCGAAGCAAAACAAAACAAACGGAAAAGCGAGUCGGUGAAAAUUAGUGAUUAGUGGCUGAAGUAUAAUCAGAGCAUAGAACACUAAAGAUAUUGAAGACAGCGAUGCUUUCCGUGGCCGUUAUGUUGGUGAACGUUGGUUGACCAAAGGGAACCGUAAUACUAUCCGUUGAAAACAGAUGUGAACACGAAAAGAAUGCUUCGCAAUGGAAGCAGAACAUUACAAACCAGAGGUAAGGUGUUUCCUUGAGAAUGUUGGAUGCUCAUGAGCAGAAAUUGACGCAAAUUUAACAUUAUUUGAUGACGAGAUUACAAACGAAUAGGAUCUCUUCUUGCCAAAUCAUAUUCGAAGUUGGCAUCGUUGGAGUUUCCAAUCAAACUCUAGGGACAUGUAGAUUUUGUCACGAUUUAGCGUUUAGCUUUCAAAUGUUGUAUGAGUGACUUUAUCAAAAUUAGUCAAAUCUUGGAAUAAAAAUAUUGCAAAACAAAUUAUUUCUGCUCUGAAAAAAUAACGGUUGUCGAAAUUUUAAGUGGUUUAGACAUUCUACUGAUCAGUCACUUUAUACAUAUACCACUCGCUUACACACUGAAUGGAUAGUACUGUCAAUUAAACCUUACUCGAAGCAUCGUCAGUUGCUCCCUUGAAAUAACAAAUAAAUCUUUCGAUUGACUUAGAGACCGCCUAUCAAAUGACCUCCUGUUAAACAUAUCAGUUUAUUCAAGAUAACAGAUGAACGAUAUACCAGUCUUGAUAGCUGAAUGUACGUAAAUUUAUUGAUUCCUCUUUCAAUUUUCAUUUUGAAUGCCUCGAAACACGUCUCAAUGCAUUCAGUAAAAUCGAAAACUAUUGAUGUACACUUGCUGUUGAUAAUUGGUGACUCAAACGAGGAGGAGACUGUUAUUAUUCCGGCCGAAAUAAUCUUCAAACACCGAGUAAAUGUUCAUGCCUAUUCAUUCAUUGAGGCGCAGUUCGUCGAGUACGCUCUGUGUGUGUUUUUGCUAAAAGCGGCGAGAUUUAAAACAUUUAAAAAAAUUAAACAACGGUCAAAACUCUUUCAAUCGGUAGUGAAAACGAAAUAACCGAUUCCGGCUAUCCUGAUUCCCAGUUUCCGAUUCCAAACGCACCGGAAAUAUUGGUCAUACACUCCAAAUUAGAACUCACUUACUCACUCACAAAAUUUGAAUGAUUUUCACAAACGUUGGUUCAAAUGAAAGGUCUCUCGAUCCCAUAAAAACUCGUGCAUUUCGACCGGUUUGGGAAUUACAGGAUGAAGAGUAGUUAGAAUCUAAUGCCGUCGCUCAAAGUGGCGAAUCAAAAAACGUAAAAAAAAAUUUAAACAAAUCUCACAAUUAUUCCUAUCGAUAUUCAAUUUCAGCAGAAGACCAAAAAAGGCGAGUCCAACUAUCCUGGUUUCCGAUUCCAGAAGCACCGGAAAUAAUGGAACUGUUUGAUUUUUUACACGUCAUUCAAGAAUUUGAAGGUUUUUUUAUGUCGUUUAUUUUGACCCGGCUUUAACUUAAUUGUGAUCGUUCGCCGUCCUAAAGUUUGGAAUUUUAAACGCAACUCAACUGUUACAGAACUGUUACUAAAUUCACGCGUUCGUGUAAAAUUGUUCAUAUUACUGCUUGUGAAACCUUUCCAAAAACCUGAUUGUAUUAUGUUUCAAAUCAGUUUUUUUAAUCGACUAUAAAUCAAGUUUAUUCAAAUUUCAUAUCCGAAGUUCACUUGUAAGCUAUUAAUGCUUUGAAGCAUAUUGUAGUUUCCAUGGCGUUCGAUAAGUUUCGCAGUUGUUACUGGAAUUAUUUUCAAAACAAGAAAUUUGUUUAGAUACUUGAUGUUUCGUCUUCGACCCAGCAGUUCAAUAUAAACCGCUAGGCAGACAUAAAGUUUCUGCUGCUUACAGAACACUUUUUUUAUUUGCGAAGUGCAACGUGUUUGCUGUCGUGCAGAACGUAAACGAGUUUCGGAAAUUUUUUCCAGUCACACAAUAGUUGCUAUCAAAGUUAAGAACUACAAUACUAGAACAAUGUUUGCUGCUCUGGAAUGAUAAGGUCCGAUAAUAAAGACUGACUAAAAGAAAUUUGUACGCACAAAAAGAACUGUAAUUCGAGAUUCAAUAAGUUCAAUAAGUCCAUUCAUGGUUGCUUCACAGCACUUUUAUUCUAACUGCAAAGUUGUUACUUUAAAUGAUUACUUUGUUCCAGUUCGAACUAAAUCUUAAACCUUCCUCUUGAUGAAACCCAUCUGAGCCUGCACAGUGAAAACGGAUCGCCGUCGUCCAGGAUGUGACGAUUGGUUCCGUUUUCAGAUCGAAACUGCAAAUCGCUUGCCAAUCAUAGCUUUCUUCGCGAAUUUGUCGGCAAACACGAACUUCCGUAUCUUCCGAAUACAUCACCACGUCCAGUCGUCGUAAUCGAGCAAGAUGCAGCUCUUGUAUUUCGUCAAAACACAGUCGUUCGAGAGCCUUGCUCGGUUUUAGCCACGAAAUUCUACUACAUGUACCGGUUCGGAUGUUUACUGACUUUGUACGACUUGUAUUCUUCACUGACAAGUGUGUUUCGCACUGUUAUUUUCGGUAGCUUAAAGCCGAAUCACUUCGGAUUUUACAGGUGUUUGUGCCAAUAUUUUCUCUUCUCUCGAGUUCCAUUUGACGUUAUUUUUUUGUUUGCGAUCGACUAGUUUGAUCAAACUUGCUUCAUGGUGCGAAGAGGUGUGAAAAAUUAUCUUUAGUCAGUCAUUCAUCUUCCGUUUUUCGAAACGGAGUUUUUUUCAGUCAAAAUUUUUUGUCCAGUUCUCAUGAAAUAGAAAAUAAUAGGAUACUCGUACCCUGAAUCAUCUUAACUCCAUCGUUCAUCUUUUAUGUAUAAAAUAAUCUUAUUCAAAGUGAGAUUUACUACUCUAUUCGAUGCAUUGGCUCUAAGCAUAAGAUAAAAUAAUAAACUCUAUAUCAGAAGUGUUGUACAUGUUUCUCACUAAUAAUCACAGCGACAUUUGAACUCAAACACGAGAAAACGGUCCUAAGUGUAAAGUUUCGAUUUUUACGGUCGGUAAUCCCUCUCUCUAACUCUUUACAUCGAAUAACGACUGAACCCGUCGACUCUCGAUCUGUAGUGAAGAAAUUGUUGGAAAAUACAGGGAUAUGCCAUAAUAACUGAAAGAGUAAUUAAACAAAGAGAAUCCGUCAGUUGUACUUGGGACCUUUUCUAAAGUUCAUCGAGAUUUAUACUUAGAGCCAAGGCGAAGAUAUUGGGAUUAAUUACACCGCGAACCGGAAUGGCUCGAUUACGGAAAUGACCUUAUGCGGAGAGCGAAGAAUGUACACAUAAAAUUGUCAUCUCAUGAGGGUCUAAUUUAGAACAAGAAAAUAUUGUCAAAGCCUCUGCAACCAAACCUACAUCUACGGCCGUGGAAAGCUUCGAUUUGUGCUAUCAAAACUAAAAAUUGGACAACGGAGAAUUCUCAUCCGAAUAAUGGUAUCUUGUAUUAUCUCAAGAAAUUUUUUGAAACCACUCAAAGAACCUUUUACCGUUCGAAUAACUGUUCAGUUUCCAUUAGUAAAAGGGAACGCUGAAAACUAUACUACCGGUAAACGAUUACGUGAGCUGAAAUAACUCAAUAACAGCUAAAAUAUAACACAAGUACAUAAGCAUUCUGAACAGUUUCCAGAAAAAAAGGAAAUUAUCUGUAUUUGUACAUAUCUUGUGAAAAUACUACUACAUCGCUAGAUGCAAAACAUAACGGAUCAGUAUGCAAAUUAAACUUGAAAUUAAUAAGUUUAUGGACUUUUUGGUAGCAGAAUAAAACAAAUCACUUAUGCUAAGCAACUAAACCAAUAGUGGAAGAAAAAAAAACACACACAAUAACCACAACAAAAGCGGACUGACGACAGAUCAAUCGCAAACAGUGAAUAAAAACAUACACAACAAUACAAGACAAGCAAUGGAACUGGCCAGAUUCCUUCGUGGGGAUUUGUUCAACGAAUCAAAGUGUGAAGAUCAUAACAAACUGUAUCUUUGUGUAUAUUUCAGUAAAACGAAGAGGCGAAGUAAAUAGUAUCAAUUCGAACCCAGGCGAAGAUAGCUAGUUUUUUGGUCUAAUGCAUAUCUUCCGUUCGCUAUUCUAGGAAAGAAAUACAAAAAAAAACUAAUGUAGAAACCAUACAAAUUACUUUUAAUUUUUUUUCUCGUAUAAUUUCUCGGUAAGUUUUACGUUACUUUACCUGUAAUGUUUUAAGCUAGAUGACGAAGGGAAAGGAGUUUUCGGUUUCAGUUUUUCUGUAGUGCAAACGAAUAUACUAGUAUACACACUACAAGCGGUAAGCUAGAAUAGCAAAAUACAGUCUGUUCUGUUCAAGAAUUAAAAAAAAACAGUAAACAGGUGAGCUUUCGCAAUGUGAAGCGUUUCAUUAAUUUCCUCAAAGUAACGGAAAAGUCACAUAAUGAAGAAAUUCUAAAUCGAUGGCAAUUUUCGUGCAGAGAAACAACAAAACAUGUAAGAAAUCAGUAACACAUAAGUAAUACUACACUGUUUCGCUUAUCCGUUGUGUUAUCGUGCUAUCAAAGUGAAACAUAUAAAAAAAAUAGUGCGUACGAGAGCGAGGUAGAAAGGAAACUAUAAAUAAGCAGGAACUAUUUUGUAUAAAGUAACAGAAACAAAAUGUGAACAUUCAAUUAGUAACGUUUUCGAAAUUCACGUGAUCAUCUUAUCAUAUAUAGGAACCAUACAAGAAUGAAAUGGGGAAUGCGAAAAUGAUUAACUCAAUAAACGACGCAAGAAACACGCAUAACGCAGUAACGAAGCAUUAGGUCAAAACCAAAAGAUAGCCGAAAGCAAAAAAACGUCUUUGAUACAAAAACAAAUCAACUUGAAGAACAAAAUACAUUUUCCUCACUAUUUCGAGAACACACAAACAAACAAUAGACAGAAAAACAACUGUGGAAUUUUUGGAUAACUACUUUGAAACAAAAAAAUAACCAUUCAAUAUGGAAAAGUAUAGAAGAGUUAUAAAACAGAAGAAAAAUAGCGUUUAAGCGUCAUGCAUAUAUUAUAUUGAUGAGAAAAAACAAAAUCAAUAAUUUGAAGAAAAAGAAUGAGAAAAUAUGACAAAUAAAACAAAUAAUAAAUUA